AUGUACAAUGUGCUGGUAGUCAAUCCGAACGGGUCGACGGCCAUCACAGACACAAUAAAGGCCGGGAUUGAUCGCUACGCGCCACCACAUGUAUCAAUCUCAUAUUGGACCUGCAUCGGCGGCCCGCCAGUUCUACAAAGCCAGGCCGACAUCGACGCAAGCACGACGACAUGCCUGGAAAAACUGGUCCCUCUCUGUCCUGAAUACGACGGCUUCCUGGUCGCCUGCUACGCCGACCAUUCGCUGGUGAAGGCUCUACAGGCCCACGUCGGCGCCAAACCCGUCACAGGGAUCUUUGAGGCGAGCAUCGCCGCUGCCUUGGAUUUGGGGCUUCCGCCACCCAGACAUUUCCGGUUCGCCAUCUUGACCACGGGGAAACCCUACGAGAAACAGCUGGAGCAAGGCGUGAUGAAAAUCCUCCAACAGCUAGAGCAAGGCGUAAUGGCAGUCCUCCAAGACGCAGACGCAGACGGAGAUGGAAAUGGAGACGAUGCAAGGUUCGCGGGCGUGGUGGCGACCGGCAUCGGACUGGCUGACUACGAGCAACCGUCGCGGACAGCCGCCAGGGCGAAGAUGACCGAGGGCGUGCGUCGCGUGUUGCAGCUGGGCAAUAUCGGCGCCAUAUGUAUUGGGGGCGUCAUCCUACAUGGCACGGAACACUGGGUACGCGAGAUUUGCGAAGCGGAACUGGGAGCCGCUGAGGCUGCCCAGGUGGUGGUCGUCGACCAGUUUCAGGCGGGGAUCCAAAGUCUCCACAGACGGCUGUGCUGCGCUGAUGGUAAUGCUUGA